AUGAUUGCAGAGUUGGUGAGCAGCGCUCUGGGGCUCGCCUUGUAUCUCAACACCUUGAGUGCGGAUUUCUGCUAUGAUGACAGCCGUGCUAUCAAGACUAAUCAAGACCUUCUCCCAGAAACUCCCUGGACACACAUUUUCUACAACGAUUUUUGGGGGACUCUUCUAACCCACAGUGGCAGCCACAAAUCCUACCGGCCACUCUGCACUCUUUCUUUUCGCCUGAACCAUGCCAUCGGAGGGCUGAAUCCCUGGAGCUAUCACCUUGUCAAUGUCCUGCUGCAUGCAGCAGUCACUGGUGUCUUCACGAGCUUCUCCAAGAUCCUCCUUGGGGACGGAUACUGGACCUUCAUGGCUGGCUUGAUGUUUGCCUCUCACCCCAUCCACACGGAGGCCGUGGCAGGAAUCGUGGGACGGGCUGAUGUUGGGGCCAGUCUCUUCUUCCUCCUCUCCUUGCUGUGCUACAUCAAACACUGUUCGACAAGAGGCUCCUCGGCCAGGACUUGGGGCUGGUUCCUGGGGACAGGACUGUGCGCAGGAUGCAGCAUGCUGUGGAAGGAACAAGGAGUGACCGUGCUGGCUGUGUCGGCAGUUUAUGAUGUCUUUGUCUUUCAUAGGCUGAAAAUAAAACAGAUCUUACCUACCAUUUACAAAAGGAAGAACUUGUCUCUUUUCCUCAGCAUUAGUUUGUUAACUUUCUGGGGGACUUCGCUUUUGGGUGCCCGAUUAUACUGGAUGGGAAACAAGCCACCAAGCUUUUCCAACUCUGACAACCCAGCUGCUGAUUCGGAUAGCCUUUUGGCUCGGACGCUCACUUUCUUCUACUUGCCAACCAAGAACCUUUGGCUGUUGCUAUGCCCAGAUACACUCAGUUUUGAUUGGUCAAUGGAUGCUGUGCCUCUGCUGAAAACAAUUUGUGAUUGGAGAAACCUACACACUGUGGCCUUCUAUGUCGGACUCCUCCUCCUUGCCUACUAUGGCUUGAAGAGCCCAGGCGUGGAAAGAGAAUGCAAUGGGAAAUUUGUAACAAAUGGCAAGCAGAAUGCAAAUGGACAUAGCUGCCAUUCAGAUGUGGAGUACCGGAACUCAGAGAUUAAGCCCAGCUUUGCAUCCAAAGUAGAAAAUGGCAUUAAAAAUAAUGUAUCACAGAGAACACAACUUCCUUCUACCGAGAACAUUGUUGUUCUUUCUUUAUCUUUGUUAAUAAUACCAUUUGUUCCUGCCACGAACCUGUUUUUCUAUGUGGGCUUUGUAAUUGCAGAGCGAGUAUUGUAUAUUCCUAGUAUGGGCUUCUGCCUCCUUGUUACAGUGGGUGCCAGAGCCCUUUAUGUCAAAGUCCAAAAGCGGUUUCUCAAGAGCUUGAUUUUUUAUGCUACAGCUACAUUAAUUGUUUUCUAUGGACUCAAGACUGCAAUCAGGAAUGGAGACUGGCAGAAUGAGGAAAUGCUGUAUAGGUCAGGGAUAAAAGUAAACCCAGCUAAAGCAUGGGGUAACCUUGGAAAUGUUCUGAAGAGUCAGAGCAAAAUUUCUGAAGCUGAAAGCGCCUAUAGAAAUGCUUUGUACUACCGUAGCAACAUGGCUGACAUGCUUUAUAAUUUAGGGUUACUUCUACAGGAGAACAGCAGGUUUGCGGAAGCAUUGCAUUAUUACAAAUUGGCGAUCGGAAGCAGGCCUACACUGGCUUCUGCAUAUUUAAACACCGGUAUUAUUCUAAUGAACCAAGGAAAGACAGAAGAAGCCCGACGCACGUUCCUAAAGUGCUCCGAGAUCCCUGAUGAAAAUCUAAAGGACCCUCAUGCACAUAAGAGCUCAGUUACCAGCUGUCUGUACAACCUGGGAAAACUCUAUCAUGAACAGGGACAUUAUGAGGAUGCCCUUAGUGUAUACAAGGAAGCAAUUCAGAAAAUGCCAAGGCAGUUUGCCCCACAGAGCUUGUACAACAUGAUGGGUGAAGCAUACAUGCGAUUAAGCAAACUCCCUGAAGCAGAGCAUUGGUAUAUGGAAUCAUUGAGAUCCAAGACUGACCACAUCCCUGCUCAUCUGACCUAUGGGAAACUGCUGGCUCUAACAGGUCGUAAGAGUGAGGCUGAAAAGUUCUUCUUGAAGGCUAUUGAGCUGGAUCCCACCAAAGGAAACUGUUACAUGCAUUAUGGUCAGUUUCUUCUGGAAGAAGCUCGCCUCAUAGAAGCAGCUGAGAUGGCAAAAAAAGCAGCUGAAUUGGACAGCACAGAGUUCGAUGUGGUCUUCAGUGCUGCCCACAUGCUCAGGCAGGCUAGCCUCAAUGAAGCAGCCGAGAAGUACUAUGAUCUGGCGGCCAGACUGAGACCUAAUUAUCCGGCUGCUUUGAUGAACCUGGGGGCUAUCCUCCAUCUCAAUGGCCGUCUCCAAAAGGCCGAGGCCAACUACCUGCGGGCACUGCAGCUCAAGCCAGAUGAUGUCAUCACGCAGUCCAAUCUCCGCAAACUGUGGAACAUUAUGGAAAAGCAAGGCUUAAAGACAUCCAAGACCUGA